GAGGGCCCGCCCGCCUGCAGUGCUGGCCAUGGCGGCGACGGGAGCCGGAGAGCGUGCGGUCGCGGCGGGGCUCGGGGCUCUGUCUGCGCGGCCGCUGGGCUCAGCGGAGCCGCUGUCGCUCGGCUCGCUGCACGGAAAGGUGUUGCUGGUGGUGAACGUGGCGUCGCUUUGAGGCACCACCACCCGCGACUUCCUUCAGCUCAGAGACCUGCAGCAGCGGUACGGGUCUCGCGGGCUGCAGGUCCUCGCCUUCCCCUGCAACCAGUUCGGGCAUCAGGAAAAUGCGACGAACGAGGAGAUCCUGUUGUCGCUAGAGCAUGUCCGUCCCGGGAAGGGGUACAAGCCCAACUUCAUCAUGUUCGAGAAGUGCGAGGUCAACGGGAAGAACGCGCACCCCCUCUUCACCUUCCUGAAAGAGGCGCUACCCUUCCCGCAUGAUGACCCCUCCUCCCUGAUGACCAACCCGCAGUACAUCAUCUGGUCCCCAGUGUGCCGCAACGACAUCUCCUGGAACUUCGAGAAGUUCCUCAUCGGCCCGGACGGUGUGCCCUUCAAACGGUACAGCCGGCACUUCGAAACCAUCAAGAUCCAGGAUGACAUUGAAUUGCUUCUGGAGAAGGUUGCCAAGUAAAGCAGAGCACCGCAGAGCUCACUACCUGCUUAGCUUGUUGCACGCCUGCCUCUGCCCCUCACAGAGGGCUGCUGCUCUGGCAGAAAUCCCAGUGUCCCAUGCAGAUUUUGUUUUUGAUGGUGCAUCUUCCAAAUUCUUGAAGUGUGCUUGAUGUUUUUAAAAGCUGCAUGUGGAUGUUUGGGAAACUCUGCUGGGGAAAGCGGCUACAAGUCUGAAUUACCUUACUGUGAUUCUCUGAAUAAACAAAUGUUCUUGCUUUAA